GAGAAGUAUUUUGGGUUAUAUUCAAGAAGUUUCUUAAAUGGAUAACGAACACGAGAAUACCACAUUUCUGGCGUUUCACUACUAUACCUAUAUUGCAAAUUGUUUAACGCCUGCACUACUACAGGAUUUAAACCAGAAUAAGCGGACAAAAAUUUUCCGAUCAACUCAAUUUAUAUGUAAAAUUUAUUUCGUCAUGCAAGCAAUCACACAGAUGAUUUGCUUAUUACAUAUUUUGUUGCACAUACAUAUAUUCAUUGUGGCGGAAAAAAACAGUUUAUUAUACACACAGUUGUAUUAUACAUAUUAUUCAUACAAUUCAUUUGCUCAUAUUAAAUACCUUUGAUCUAUAUAAUUAUUUUUGCUAUCUCAUGCACGUUCAAUACAGUGCGUUUUUUAGCAUCGGUAACAAAAAGGAAGAUAUGAGGUCCAACAUUUCUGCACUUAUCGUGUUCUUCCUUCACAAGCCCCUUUGUUAACAUAAUUGGCUGAUAUCCAUCCAUCAAUUUUUUACGGCUAACCACCAAUUGUUUAUCU